GAAGAAGAAGACGAACGCGUGCGACGUCACGUGACAUCCCGGAAGUAAAACAGGUCUAGAUGAUGUCAUGAAAAUUGCGACGGUUGUCUGUUCUUUUCGUUUUUUUAAAAAAAAGAUCAUUAUUAAUUUAAUUUAUCUAGAUUACAUACUGUAUACACUGAGUAUACUGUAAGUCAUUUGACCAUCAAGUCCAACUCUUUGAAUGUUUAGUAUCCGGAGUCUUGUGUCGCUGAGUUUGCCUGUCAAUGGAAAGUGAAAAACACACCGAGUGGAGUUCGUCUUUAGAUGAAGACAUAAUUCAGGAUCCCGUUUCUGCAGUGAUUCCGCCGUGUCCUUCCCCAUGGAGCCUAUCAGCCGGGCCCUGGUCCACUGAGAGCAGCAUCCCAACAGCAUUAAAUCAAUAUGCUGAAGCGCAAAAUUACAGCACGUUUAUCCCCAGCACUGAAACACAAAGUCAAACCUUACAGACGGAGGACUGGACAGAGGAAAGAUGUACAAACACAAAUGAGGACUGGGAAACAGACAUGUCAUCACGAAUCAGCUCCCUUAAGGAUGCCAUGCAUCAUAUUGUUUCAAAGACUGACAAAACAUUCAAAUUAGAGGUGAAGUAUAUCAAUGCAGUGAAAGGACGUGGUCUAUUUGCAAAGGGUUCCAUUUGCAAAGAUGAAUUUGUUGUUGAAUAUAGGGGAGAUAUAAUAGACGAUGCAGAGUUGCAGAGCAGAAGAAAACGUUACCACACAUCCAGUGCUGCAUUUAUGUUUGAGUUUAAGUGGAGAGGGAAAACAUGGUGUAUCGAUGCCUCUAGAGAAGAUGGAUCGUUUGGGCGGAUAGUUAAUGAUGACCACAAACAUCCAAACUGUGAGAUGAAGAAAAUUGAUGUGAAUGGAAAGAUACACCUUUGUUUGUUUGCCCUGAAUGACAUUAAAGAAGGAGAAGAAAUUACAUAUGAUUAUGGAGGAGAAGACUACCCAUGGAGAACACAAACGACUAGCAUUGCUGCUAAUACCAAGGCAGAAGGUGACUUUGAUCCUUCCCCCAGGUCACAGACUCAGAUGAAUGAUGCUACUGGUCAAAACAACUCUCCUCAACAGAUUUUGACACCGCUCCGAAAUGAAAAUGAGAUUUUUGUACCAAGACUGAGACAGACUACAAUAAUGAAAGACAAAGAUCUUGAAGAUUCUGAUGAACUCUUUGAUUCUACACCAGAGAGUUCAGAUUAUUACUUUACAGAUACUACUUCUGAAAGUGACUUUGACAGUGAUGCUAAUCUUAUACCAAACCAGACAAAACUUCAGCUUCUUUAUGAUGAACUGGAUGUUGAUGAUUCUGGCUCACUGAGUUCCCUUGACUGUGACACAGCAACACCAGAAAAAACGCACGGCCUUGCAUCUGAAGCAUCUGGAACAGAAGAACCAUGUUCAAGUCAGAAUGCAAUAGAUGGUGUAGUUGUUAGUGCGUACCAAAAAAGAGGUGUUAGUAGAGUGUACAACAAGAGACAUUACUGCUUGUAUUGCUGUAAGCCUUAUGCUAAGAUGGCAAGGCAUCUAGAAGGUUCACAUGCAAAUGAAUCUGAUGUGGCUAAAGCGCUAAGCUUUCCAAAGAGUUCCAAGGAGAGAAAAAAACAGCUGGAUUAUAUUCGCAACAGAGGAAACUAUGCUCACAAUGCUGCUGUUAUGGAAUCAGGAAAGGGGGAACUAGUGCCAUGCAAACGACCAUCCAAAGAAGCACAGGGAAAAGAUUUCAUGCAUUGUGCAUACUGUCAAGGACUUUUUGCAAGAAAGGUCCUGUGGCGACAUAUGCGCACUUGUAUACUUCAACCUCAAUCGGUCCCACUCAAACCAGGAAAAAAACGUGUUCAGUCCAUGUGUAUAUACACAGGGCCUGUGCCUUCAAACAUGACUAAACAACUAUGGGAAGUAAUUAGUGUCAUGAAUCUUGACCCAAUCACAGAUAUAAUAAAAAAAGACAAAGUAAUUAUUGAUAUUGGUCAGCAUUUGUUAAACAUAGGUGGGCUAUCAGUCAAGAAUAAACAGUGUGUGCGAGAGAAGAUGCGAGAAUUGGGAAGGUUGGUUCACAAUGCUAGAAGAGUCACCUCCUUAAAAACAAUGGAAGAUUGUGUAAAUCCAAAGCAGUACAUGGAGACUGUCAAAGCUGUCAAGUAUACAUGUGGUUAUGAAUCUGGCAAGUUCAGGAUUCCAUCACUUGCAAAGAAGCUUGGGAAUUCUCUGCUUCAAGUAAGCAAACUCUUAAAAGCUCAGGGUUUAAUGUCAAACGAUGAACAGCGAGUGAAGAAUGCCAGUGAGUUUCAAGACGUCCAUCAGGAAAAGUGGAACGAAAUGAUCUUAGACACAACAUUGAGGAAUAUUAGGGAAGCAAAGUGGAAUGUGCCUGCAAGUGACUUUGACAGUGAUGCUAAUCUUAUACCAAACCAGACAAAACUUCAGCUUCUUUAUGAUGAACUGGAUGUUGAUGAUUCUGGCUCACAGAGUUCCCUUGACUGUGACACAGCAACACCAGAAAAAACGCACGGCCUUGCAUCUGGAACAGAAGAACCAUGUUCAAGUCAGAAUGCAAUAGAUGGCGUAGUUGUUAGUGCGUACCAAAAAAAAGGGGUUAGAAGAGUGUACAAGAGACAUUACUGCUUGUUUUGCUGUAAGCCUUAUGCUAAGAUGGCAAGGCAUCUAGAAGGUUCACAUGCAAAUGAAUCUGAUGUGGCUAAAGCGCUAAGCUUUCCAAAGAGUUCCAAGGACAGAAAAAAACAGCUGGAUUAUAUUCGCAACAGAGGAAACUAUGCUCACAAUGCUGCUGUUAUGGAAUCAGGAAAGGGGGAACUAGUGCCAUGCAAACGACCAUCCAAAGAAGCACAGGGAAAAGAUUUCAUGCAUUGUGCAUACUGUCAAGGACUUUUUGCAAGAAAAGUCUUGUGGCGACAUAUGCGCACUUGUAUACUUCAACCUCAAUCGGUCCCACUCAAACCAGGAAAAAAACGUGUUCAGUCCAUGUGGCCUGUGCCUUCAAACAUGACUAAACAACUAUGGGAAGUAAUUAGUGUCAUGAAUCUUGACCCAAUCACAGAUAUAAUAAAAAAAGACAAAGUAAUUAUUGAUAUUGGUCAACAUUUGUUAAACAUAAGUGGACUGUCAGCCAAGAAUAAACAGUGUGUGCGAGAGAAGUUGCGAGAAUUGGGAAGGUUGGUUCACAAUGCUAGAAGAGUCACCUCCUUAAAAACAAUGGAAGAUUGUGUAAAUCCAAAGCAGUACAUGGAGACUGUCAAAGCUGUCAAGUAUACAUGUGGUUAUGAAUCUGGCAAGUUCAGGAUUCCAUCACUUGCAAAGAAGCUUGGGAAUUCUCUGCUUCAAGUAAGCAAACUCUUAAAAGCUCAAGGUUUAAUGUCAAACGACGAACAGCAAGUGAAGAAUGCCAGUGAGUUUCAAGACGUCCAUCAGGAAAAGUGGAACGAAAUGAUCUUAGACACAGCAUUGAGGAAUAUAAGGGAAGCAAAGUGGAAUGUGCCUGCUCUCAUGCCCUUUACUGAAGAUGUCCAAAAAAUGCACACACAUCUCAGUCAAGUGCAAGAUGAGUGGUACAAAUCACUCUCUGAAAGUUCCUCUACUAAAGCCUGGAUGGAGCUGGCAAAGGUUUGUCUAGCCCAGAUAAUUCUCUUUAACCGGCGCAGGGGAGGAGAGGUGGCGAGCAUGCCAUUGUCUGUGUUUUUUUCAAGAGACACUUUUGAUCCACAUGAGGGUGUGGACUGGGCACUGUCCGAAGUAGAAAAAAAACUCUGCAGGCAUUUCUCAAGGAUUAUCACCAUGGGAAAGUGUGGUCAACCAGUUCCAAUUCUUCUUACUGCAAAAAUGCUGUGUUCCUUAGAACUCCUUGUUAAGCAGAGAGAGCCUUGCGGGGUUCUAAAAGACAAUGAUUACAUGUUUGCAAGACCAGAAGCCAUGACACAUUUACGGGGGUCAGACUGCCUCCGUGGCUUUGCAAAGGCAUGUGGUGCAAAGUGUCCCAAAUCACUGACAUCUACCAGAAUGCGAAACCAUGCUGCAAUCCUUUCAACAGUGCUGAAUAUGACAGAAACGGAGAUGGACCACCUGGCAAACUUUCUUGGGCAUGAUAUAAAAAUUCAUCGUGAAUUCUGUCGACUCCCUGAGAAGACCCUGCAACUCGCCAAGAUCUGCAAAGUUCUAAUGGCUGUCGAACAAGGAAGAUUAGCUGAGUUCCAUGGCAAGAACUUGGAUGAAAUUGUGAUAGAUCCUGAUGAAAAAGUUCUAGAAAGUGAUGAAGACAGGAUAAUACAAGAGGGACACUGUUCAUCUACUGUUUAUGAACCAAUAGCAGAGGAGACACUUCCUCCUGCUGAGAGGAAUGACAUGCCACCACCACCCAAAAGACAAAAACCACCAUCACCACCUUCAGGGGCCAGUGCUGUAAGGCCUUGUUUUCAAGGUCAAACUACCCAUAAGAAAAAUCCCUGGCAGCAGACAGAGGUUCAGGCGGUGGAAAGGCACAUGAUGCGAUUCAUCACAUCUUUUACUGUACCAGGAAAGAGUGACUGUGAGAAGUGUUUAAUGGCUGAACCAGAAGCUCUAAAGAACCGGGACUGGAAGAACGUGAAAUUCUUCAUAUAUAACCGUAUUACAGCCUAUAAAAAGAGUUUGCAGUGCAAAUAAUAUGAAGAUUACCAACUCUCUGGUAUGGCAGUUUUUGUUUACAAUAGCCCUUUUUCUCUCUUCCAUUGACUUUUGAGGUAGGUGAAGUUGUGCCAGAAAAUACCUACACUAUAUCCAAAGAGGUCAAAACUCCAGCAUAACUUGUAGGAUAUUAAACAACUUUAUUGUAAGACCAGUUUUUUUCAGCUUGUAGCUUUCAUCAGAAACCUAUACUGCAAAUAACAUUUCAAAUAGAGUGUGAAGCAAAACAAAAAACAAUAAUGAUUUAUUAAUUUUAAAAUAAGAAUUUAUUUAUUCAACAGUAAUUUGCAUCCACACAUAUUGACCCCACCGGGGCAGGGUUGGGGAGUAACGGAAUACAAAAAUCUAGUAAAUGUAAUCUGUUACAGUUACAUCAAAAAACAAUGUAUUCGGAUUACAGUUGCAUUUUGUAAAAAAGUGGGGAUUACAGACUUCAUAGAAAUAGAAAACUAUCAGGAUUACAUUGGUUUCAUUUAAAAUGAAAUAAAUGAGCAUUUUGACAUAACAACAUACUUAGCCCUGCUUGGAAAAUGUAGAAAUUAACAUGAGUGCCCACACUGUCAAUAAAAAAAGAUCAUAGCAUUUCACAUACAUUUCGACAUGUAGGCUUAUUUUAAAAUAAACUAAUAUGUAUAUGGUGUAAUUUUUUUUAAUAUUGUGUAUUUUACUUGUACAUGUUAAAGAAAUAAAAAAUAGUAAUAAUAAAAAUAAACCAUAAUACUAUAGCCACUAGAUGUCUGCAUAGCCUUUUAUAUAUCCUAAAUAUAUAUCUAGAUGGUGGUGGUAGAUGGUGAAACAAGAAACAAGUAGUUUCAAAUAGUUUUUACUAGUUUUUAUUAGUUUUAAUUUUAAAGUCAUAAUUAUAAGUAUUUAGGUAUUGCUUUUUUGACAUUAUUUACAUAUGUGACUAAAAGGAAUCCAAAAGUAAUCAGACUACAUUACUUUCAUAUUGUGGUACUUAGAUUAGGUUACUGAAUACCUUUUUAAUGAAGUAAUUUGUAACUGUAACAGAAUGCAUUUUAAAAGUAGCCCUCCCAACACUGCCAGUGGGAUACCUACAAAGAGAUUUGUCACAGGCUGAAAAAGAAGCAGCGGGAGUGUCCAACAGAGGACAUGGGAGACAAAUAUUUUUAAACAAUAUUGCUGUAUGAUUUAUGAUGACUGAUGAAGGCCACAAGCUCGAAUGCAGUAGCAAAACUUGUUAAACAAUUUUACAGUUUUGACCUUUUUUGGUUACGUUCUGUCUCAGUAAUUUGUUUUUAUACUUUUUAAUAUAAAUAUAAUUUAUUUGCAGGGUUUAUUUGACUUUGUAAACGUUUGUAAAGUUGAACUCAUUAAAAGUUACAUUCAGCAAAUUAAA